UGUCAAUGGAUAAUUGAAUUAUUGAAAAUUGGCGACAAUUUUGACAUAAAUUUAUGUAUUUUGCAAAUAAACCAAAGAAUAUAUAUUUGAAUAAAUUAUAGUAUACUUUGAAAUUGAGAUUCAAUUGAUAAGUGAAUCACAAAAAUGGUCUCAUUAUCUGUGGUGUCCAACAAACUCUUAUUCAUCACUUACUUCUUGUUUGCCAUAAUUGUGUCCAUUUGUCGCACAAAAGAUGAUAAAAGUUUUGAAGAGGAGGCCUAUGGUGUGAAGUAUGCCAACGAUUGCGAAGUUUGCAAGUAUUUAGUCAUUGAAUUGGAGGGAAGGCUUCAGAAAACUGCCAAAACUCAUGAAGUGAUUGAAACCGGAUAUGGAUUUGACGACAAGACUCGUCAGAAGAAGAAAUAUGUCAUUUCUGAACUCCGAUUAGUGGAGUCUUUGGACGGCAUUUGCGAGACUUUACUCGAGUAUAGUGUCCACAAAGAGCGCAAAGACAGCACAAGAUUUGCCAAAGGGAUGAGCACUACGUUUAAGACAUUGCAUGGAUUGGUAGACAAAGGCGUGAAAGUAGAUCUCGGAAUGCCUUACGAGUUAUGGGAUAAACCAUCCGCUGAAGUGACACAAAUGAAGACACAGUGCGAAAACCUUCUGGAAAAGCACGAGUCAGACAUCGAGAACUGGUAUUUCAAUCAUCAGGACCAACCCCUCCAGAACUACCUGUGCAUCGAUAGGGCCCUCAAAAGAGGAGACUCCGGGUGUCUGAGCGAGAAGUUGGACGACAAUAAGGAAAGUGACACAAAGAGUAGUGAUAAACGCGAACUUUAA